GCUCAGAGCUGGUCCAACGCGUGCGAAUCCACGGGAGGAGGUGAAAAGGUGGAGGGUGAGAUGGUGGAGGGUGAGAUGGUGGAGGCAGGUAUCGGUGGCGUGGCUGAACCGGUGCCCUGCAGCGCCGCCCUGCCCUUCGUGCACGUGUUCGCCGUGUCCGGCGUGCCCGGCCAUCCCGGCCUGCCCGGGGGCCCCAUCUCCGUCCUGCCCAGCGGAGUGCUCCCGUGGGCGUGGGUGCAGUACGCCGGCGCGCCGCUCUGGCACCAGCGGAAGGUGCUGGGGCGCUUGCGGCCAUCGGCAGCGCGUCCGACUGAGCCGCUCCGGCUCAUCAUCGCGACGCCCCAGUCCGACGUGUACGACGAGGACUACGCGGGCACCAGCGCGGACAUCCAAGGUGUCAGGAUGGCGGCUGCCCGGGCUAUCCCUCCUGGCCUGGACCGCGGCCAGACGCACCGCUUCCAUCGGGACCCGACGGCAGCGGAGCUGGUGGCCUUCAACGUCGCGGCCGAGCAGGUGUGCCAGGACAUCCUCGCCAACGAGGCGAUGCUGGCGGGGGUGCCCUUCGUGCCGAACCCGCAGGGCUGCCUCCAGCCUCUCUGUCGGAGUUCUUGGACGGCGCCGGGCCCGCUGCUGGCGCGCCGGUGGCUGCUGCCCCUGGAGUCGCAGCGGCUCCCCUCGGCGGCGCGGCCGCUGCUGUGCCGGACAAGAUAUGCGGAGGCAGUCAGGGACAUGACCGAGAGCGUGGUGAGCAAUUGGCCGACCCCUGGGCCGCGGAGUGUGCACUGGUGUGUUGUAUGGUUAGAGCGCCGUUCCAGCACCCCCCUGUCGCACCACCGCUGGUUCACCUCGACGUUCAACCUGAAGUCUGAUCAGUGGGGCGUAGAGCAGCAUGGGACGGCGCUCCGAGCGCUGGAAGAGCUCAUCUGCUUCGACGGAACCGACGCUUCGAACUUGGCAGGCGUCGAGGUGAUCAUGAGAAAGGCCCAGCUCACCGAAUAUGUCUACUGGAUGGACUCGCUCGGCAACGCCGAGAAGGGGAAAGGUGCCAGCAAGCCGUCCGUCUCGUUCAGCGGCCUCAUGGACGAGUCGGCGAUCUUCUCUGGCCUCAACAAGGACACGGGCGCCGCGAUGGUCUGUCCGGCGCUCUUGGACCACGUCUCAGCCGAAGUCCAAAAGGACGCCGCGAUUUUGAACCAGGUCUCGCAGCAACUAUCCUCUGCGCCGCUGCCCGUCCACCCAUGCGAGUCUUCAGUAGGCGGCACUUCGCUGGGCUGGCAGUUCUCGGCGGACUCCGCCGAGGUCCGGGCAUUCCGGAGCUUCGGCCGAAGGCACCUCCACCUCGGGGACUCCAUGGCGCCCAUCCUCGCGACGGGGGCCUCGUUCCUCGAGCACAAUGUGAUCAAGCCCCAGCAGCGGAUGAGAUACAUCACGAUGGUGAACGACUUCAAGAGCUGGUGCCUAGUCAUGGGGAUCGCCCUGGACACCGUGCGGCAGCUCGUCGUCGGCCUGGCCCAGUACUUCCACGACCUCUUCUUCAACGGCGAGGUCGUCGAUCGGGCCUCAGCUCUGUUGGCUGCCCUGGCCCACCUGGAGUCCUGCCGACUGUCGCGGAAGACUCCGGAGCUUCCUCGGGCGCGGGCCGCCCUGCGGGGAUUCGGCCGCCUGGCUCCGAAGCGGGCCCGGUUGCCCAUGCCGUGGGUCGUCGCGGCGCUCGUGAUCGUGAAGAUGAUCGCCUGCGGGAACGUGGGGGCCGGCUGGCUGACGCUCCUGAACUUCGCGUUCUACUGCCGGCCGUCGGAGCUCCUGCGGGCCCGCCGGAAGGAUCUGAUCCCCCCAGUCGCUCGCGGCCUUCUACGACUCCGUCACUGGGGGAUCCUGCUGAAUCUCCUGGAGGGGGAGAUCCCGAGCAAGACGCAUGCGUACGACGAGUCCUUGAUGAACGACAACCCGGACUUCAAGUGGAUCGACACCGCGCUGGAGCACCUGCGCCUCAACGAGCAGGUGCACGGGCUCGACCAGGACGCGCAGGCAGCGGUCAACCUCUGCGCGGAGCACAUUGGCUCAGUGAUCCCGCAGCCGCGCCUCGCGCAGCAGCUUCUCGCGGGGGCCGAUUUGCCCUGGAGCUCUUCGCUGGGCAGCGUGCACGUUUUGUCUCUGCUAACGUUCACCUCGCACACCUUCAGCGUCUUUGCGCCGGCCGCGAAGUUUGUGAAUUCAGCGACCAACCUCGCAUUGUUCUUCAAGGACAUGAUCAGUCAG